GAUAUACAUACAAAUAAUACGCAAGAAUCUCUUGAGAUUAUCCUACUUUGUUCACAACUCUAGUCAAUAUAUGGCGUCUGGAGUUGAGAAACCCUAGCUCCAAUUCCAAAACAUUCACUUAUUUUUGUUCCACUGUUAUUUCUCUGAUCUUCCCUUUACAUUCCAGCAUUGUUUCUCCGAUGAAAUUCGAUUAUGAUAUUUUUAUCGAAAUUCUAUGCCGUCUACCGAUUGAGACUCUCCUACGCUUCAGAUGCUUAUCAAAAAGAUGUUGUUCCUUUAUUGACAGCCCAGAUUUCAUCAACCUCCAUCUUAAUCGAUCCAUCAAAACAAGCACCAAUCGUAGCCUCAUUAUUGAUGAAAUUAAGCCAGAGGGUUCGAUCUUCGCUGUGGACUUAGACUCAUCGGAUAGAUGCCCUGUGGAGCUCCAUCGCCCCCAUAAGCCUUUCGCGGCUAGGACUGUUUAUGAUUAUAUUACUGUGGCUACUGCUGAGAAUGUUUAUUAUGAUAUUAUUGCUAAGGAGAGGAUUGUUAGGCCUCGUAAGUUUUCCUCAGAUGUAUUUGGCUCCUGCAAUGGCUUGCUUGCUAUGUACAAUGGUAAUGGCAUGAGCUUGUGGAAUCCAUCAACGAAGAAGCACCAAAUUUUACCAAAAUUUUGGAGUCAUGAUGAGUGCAAUGUUUAUGAUAGAAUCACGGUUGGAUUUGGCUAUGAUUCGAUUAACAAUGACUACAAGGUGAUCAUGAUGUUUCAACAUAAAGGUAUGUCUCUACACUUCAUCAAAAAUCCUAAGAUCAGAGUUAUGGUUUACAGUUUGAAAGGUAAUUCCUCAACAAGAAUUAAAGACCUAAAUGAUUAUUUUCUUCCUUACAACGGCUACUCUGUUCCUGUUAGUGGGUCACUGCACUGGGUGGUUAGUAACCAAGAAAAAAGGGUCGAUAACGUGAUACUUGCAUUUGAUCUUGGGAAUGAGAAGUUCUGCGAGCUGCCAAAACCUCAUUCUAACGGAUAUGAAGUAUAUUGCUUACGUGUGGCGGAACUUAGAGGAAGCCUCGCUAUAAGCUGUUCGUGCAUGGGCACCGCUGUUGAGGUAUGGGUUAUGAAAGAAUACGGAAUAACGGAAUCUUGGACUAAGUUGUUUCGGAUCUACUAUGAGCAGCUUGGAAUUUCUGAUCUUUCUACAAGCUAUCUGAAACCUUUAUGUUAUUCAAAAACUGGCGAUGAAGUCUUAUUGGAUGAUCAGUAUGGUGUAUACUCUGUCUUAUAUGAUUUAGAGCAGAAAAGUGCUAAAAGAGUUACAAUUUUUAGAUCUCCUCCAGAGCCUGAGAGUGAGAUUCCCGUAAAAAUCUCAGCAAAUAUUUGUGUGAGAAGCCUUGUUCCAGUCAAUUUUAAUUCUGGGAUUGGUGGGUCUUCUUCAGAGCUUCAAAGCAAGAAGCGCAAGGGAAAAUCAACAUGACAGAAAAGAAAGGUGAAACUUCAACUCUUCAGCAACUUUUAUGGAUUGUGGAUUUGUGAUUUUAGUCUUAGCAGGAUUAUAUAUCUAUAUAAUAUUUCUUGAACAGUUCAAGCAUUUGCAGACAUUUAUUUACUUUAUGGUUUGAUUUGCAAUAAAAAUAGCAAUUAUGUU